AUGGCUGACAUCGCCGUCAUCGGCAUGAGCUGCCGUUUCCCCGGAGAUGCCACGUCUCCGGAGAAGCUAUGGAAAAUGCUCAAGGCGCGGAAGACAGCUUGGUCCAAGUUUCCUGAAGAUCGUAUGAACAUGAAGGGUUUCUACCACCCCGACGGUCAUCGACAGGGCAGCAUUUCGUUUCGAGGUGCCCACUUCCUUCGGGAUGAUAUCGCUUCAUUCGACGCCUCUUUUUUCUACAUGAACGAGGAUGAUGUCAGCGCCAUGGAUCCUCAACAACGUCUCCUUCUUGAGACGUCCUACGAAGCGAUAGAAAACUCUGGCCUCCUCGUGGAAGAUUUGAAGGGAUCCGAUACGUCGGUUUACGUUGGCUCCUUUGUGAGAGAUUAUGAACAAGUAUCCCUGCGGGAUAUGGACUACCAACCUCAAUACGCGGCGACCGGUACGGGAACGGCUAUUAUGUCCAACCGAAUCUCCUAUUUCUACGAUCUGCGUGGAGAAAGCAUCACCCUGGACACAGGAUGUAGCGGUAGUCUUGUCGCCGUCCACCACGCCUGCCAGAGCCUCCUUUCCGGAGCCAGUUCGAUUGCUCUGGCUGCUGGCGCGGGGAUUAUUUUAACUCCCAACACCAUGAUGCCGAUGACUGCAUUGAAUUUCCUCAGUCCCGAUGGGAAAUGCUUUACAUUCGAUUAUCGAGCAAACGGAUAUGGCCGGGGAGAAGGAGUGGGCUUUGUCGUCUUGAAGAGAUUGUCCGACGCCCUCAAGGAUAAUGACCCCAUACGAGCUGUGAUCAAGGGCACUCACGUGAAUCAGGACGGCCGGACUCCCGGUAUCACCCUGCCGAGCAAGGUUGCCCAAGUCGACAAUAUCCGGAGCGUAUAUAACAAGGCCGGAUUAGAUUUCUGCAAGACGGCGUACGUCGAGUGCCACGGGACGGGCACCAAAGCUGGAGACCUCACAGAACUGACGGCGGUCGCAGAGACCAUCGCCUCCGGACGUCACUCUGGAGAAGCUCUCCUUGUGGGAUCCGUCAAGCCGAACGUCGGCCAUCUCGAGGGCGCCGCCGGGAUUGCGGGUCUCAUCAAGGGCGUGUUGGUGGUAGAGAAAGGAGAGAUCCCACCCAAUGCCAAUUUCAAGAUGGGCAACCGGGAGAUUGACUUUGACGCAUGGGGACUGAAGGUUCCGACACAACCGCUUUCUUGGCCGACUUCUGGUCUCCGCCGGGUGAGCGUCAACUGCUUCGGCUUUGGUGGCACCAAUGCUCAUGCCGUCGUAGAUGAGGGAGCAUACUACGUUGAGCAGUACCGCGCCUCUAAGAUGGUGAGGGCCAGUCCCGUAACGGCCAAGGAGAAUGAAUCCGACACGCUGCACUUGAACGGCGACCAUGACCAGAUGAAAGAACAGCUCCUUGUACUGUCGGCACCAGAUCAGCAAGGCGCAUUGCGCGUUGUCAAGGCGUUGGCGGAGCACUUUCGAUCCUCGUCGUCAAAUCUCUCACAAGGGGACCUCGAUAAUCUCGCCUACACUCUGGGCUGUCGACGGUCGAAGUUUGAGUGGAAGGCACAUGUGGUUGCCAACUCCAGAGCUGAAGUUUUGGAACAGCUGGCUUUGAUCGAGAGACAACGAGGACUCACUCGGUCGAGGACAAACACGAAUACGAAUGGCCAUGUCCUGUGCAAAGUUUCUUUCGUUUUCUGUGGCCAAGGUGCCCAAUGGGCGACCAUGGGAGGGGAUCUGAUGGGUUUCCCGGUUUACAGGGAAAGCAUUCAUGCAGCAGAAGCUUACCUCCGAGACCGCCUAGGGUUCCAACUGAAUCUGGUCGUGGAGAUGGCCAAAGGGGCGAGCGCCAGCCGUAUAAGCCAACCGCAGAUCAGCCAACCGGCAACGACGGCGCUUCAGGUGGCACUCGUAGACCUCCUCGGAGCCUUUGGCAUCAAGCCUCGAUCUGUUGUCGGGCAUUCUUCCGGCGAGAUUGCUGCCGCGUACGCCUCUGGGAUGAUCGACCGCGAAACGGCCUGGGCCGUGGCGUAUUACAGGGGGCUCUGUGCUACCGCAGCCAAAGUCGGCUCUGCCUCCAGAGUCGAGGGCUCCAUGUGUGUCCUGGCCAUGUCGGAAGACCAAGCUCGAGAGUAUCUUGCACGGACCGACAAACAGAGCACUGUCCAGAUAGCCUGUCUCAACAGUCCCAGAUGCGUUACCCUGUCGGGGGACCGAGAUGACGUCCAGUGGAUCGUCCGCCACGCUCGAAGCGAAGGGUUCUUAGCCCGAGAACUCCCGGUCGAAGUUGCCUAUCAUUCAAGCCACAUGUUAUCCGUUGCGCCGGAGUAUCUGGCUUCUCUUCAAGACGUGGUAGGCCUGGCGAGGGACACGGACGGGGAGGUGGAGGUGGACACGGGAACGUGCACCCCCACUGCGGAAAUGUUCUCUACGGUUACUGGUGGCCGCCUAUUGCCCCAUGAGCUGCGAAGCCCCCGAUAUUGGGCGGAUAACCUAGUAUCCCCGGUCAUGUUCUCCCGUGCCGUUCGGACCAUGAUCUCGGAGACUCGACCGGAUGUGGUGCUCGACAUUAGCCCACACGGAACGCUGAAGGGACCGUUUGAGGAAAUUGUCGACGCCAUGUCUGCCAAACCCAGUCCGCUCUACCGUUCUGUAAUGGACCGAAAGGGGAACGCGGUCUAUACCAUCUUAGGAGCUUGUGGCCAUUUGUGGACGCGAGGGUACCCCCUCAACAUGCAAGCGGUCGUCAGAAAAGGGUCGUCACAUGGCCUUCUCGAGACUCUCACGGAUCUGCCAUCUUAUCCCUGGGACCAUGGGAAGAGAUUUUGGCACGAAUCUCCACUGACCGUAGAAUAUCGAUUCCGCAACUUUGGCCGUCGUGAUCUCAUCGGGUCUCCUACGCCUGACUCGAUGCCGCAAGAGCCGAGAUGGCGAGGUUUUCUGCGAGUCUCUGAAAACCCCUGGCUCGGGGACCACCAAGUCCAGAAGACCAUCGUUUAUCCGGCUGCGGGAAUGAUAAGCAUGGUCAUUGAAGGAAGCCGACAGAGAGUAGCUAGAGAUGCUACCCCCAGCGGCUUCGUCAUCACCAACGUGCGCAUCGAGAACCCUAUGGUUAUACCGGAGACCUCUUACGGCCUUGAGGUCUGCCUUAACAUGAAACAGGGGUCUCAGGAAGUGCUCCAUGGCAUCUCUUUCGACUGGACCAUAUACGGACGAACCCUGAACGGGAAGUGGACUAGACACGCCUAUGGUUGCGUGGAGGUUCGACUUUGCUCCUCCAGCUGCCCAACCGAGGCGACGGCAACCCCCUGUUGCGGCGAAGCUUUCGAGAAGGCCAGAUCCAACUCCACCAAGGCUGUGGACCCCAAACAUCUGUACGACAUGCUCGAUAUCGUGGGGAUGAACUACGGCCCUACCUUUCGGAACAUCAAAUCGGUGUCGAAGGGAGACAAGCAAUGCGUCGGAACCGUUGUGAUCCCCGACACCAAAUCCGGCAUGCCCUGUCAGUUCGAAUUCGACCACAUCCUCCAUCCGGCUACACUCGACGCGGUUUUCCAGAUGCUCUUUGCGAUUGACGAGACGCCGAUGGUACCUACGUCCCUCUCCAGCUUGUUCGUGUCUGCCGACGUGGCCCAAGGAGCGGGCAAGGAGCUUUUCGGAUACGCAUCCGCUGCGAGGUCGGGCCUUCGAGGUGCCGAAGCCGAUAUUGCCAUGACCACCGUCGACUGGGACCGUCCAUCCAUCAUCGUCGAGGGACUGCGCAUGACGGCCCUGCCCACAACCGACUACAUCCCCAGCCACCACAAUCUCUGUACCGAGAUUCAGUGGAAAGAGGACGUCUGUUCGGCUUCUGUUGGUCAGGAUCAGUUCGAGGAGCUGCUGUGUCUGUUGGCACACAAGUAUCCCGGCCUGUCCAUCCUUCAACGAGGGGGCGAUCACCACCUAGCCAAACACAUUCUCGACCACGUCAGCUCACCGGAUGGAUACGCACCACGUCUCUUGAGGUACAGCCUUUCCGACACCACAUCGCCCCAGACUCUUGAUCACCUCCAGAAGGCUUUUCUCGGUUCCCCAACUCGACAUUUCUUGGAAGAGCGCACCUUGCGGUACGACACCGACCUGGACCCUGAAUAUCAUCUCAUCAUCUCAUGCGAGAACAAGGGAGACGAUGAGUACCUCGAGAAACUUCUUCUCCCGGAUGGGUUGCUCCUCUCCAGAAGGGACAGCGAAGGUUUCACGGGAGGAGACACUGGCAGGGCAUGCAGCUCGUGGGAUGCCGGCUCCGGUUGCUUUACGAUGACCUACAAAAUCGAUAUCCACGUGACGGCGACGACGACGACGACGAUGGGUUUCAACGCUCAACGUGUCACCCGCACCCAUGCCCCACACCGUACGCGUGCUAUUCUCAUUAUCAUGCCAGACCAUCCGAACGAGGAGGUGGACAAGCUCGGCCAGGCUCUUUCCUGUCUUCUUAGCAACGAUCAUCAUAUCCAGGUUGAGAUUGUCCAUCUCGAAAAUCUCUGCGCCCUACGCUGCGCCCAAGCUAGCCGAAAGGUCGUGGUGUCCCUCCUCGACCUAGGCCCUGCACAAUCUUUCGUCUGGAACUGGACUCACGAGCAUUUCACGCUCUUCCGGAAUGUCUACAAGGCCGCCGAGGCCGUCCUGUGGGUGACGCGGGGUGCCAACCGAAGGCCUACAAUCCCCUGUAAUUCUCCUGUCAUAGGCCUGGCGCGGACUUUGGUGUCAGAGGAUCCCGAGACGGUCGUUACCACGUUGGACUUGGAUGAGGCCACGCAAAUAUCGGAAGCUGGUCGAAGCAUUUUCUCUGUCUUGGAUCGCUCAAUCAUCAGCCCUCCCCUCGUCGGGCCACGAGAAUCCGAAUAUGCCGAGGACCAUGGCCGAAUUUUUAUCCCUCGACUAGUUCCCCUCAAGGAACUGAACGACCUGGUUGAAGAUACCUUCUCCAGUACGCCCUCCUCCAUGCACCCCUUUCUUGACGGAGAGACGAAGGAACUGCUGGUACUUCCACCAAACGAACACCGUGAGGAAUGCGGAAAUUUCGAGUACAGAUACGGAACAGUUGACGGGGACCUUUCCCCCUACGAGAUCGAGAUGAGUUUCGGUGGAUCAAUUCUUCACCAUGACGAUUGGCAAACGAUCACCGGUCAUUCUCGCAAAACGACUAUAGGCAUGGACCUCAUGGGGACGAUAACUCGUGUCGGAGCCAACGUGAAAGGCAUCUAUCCGAACGAUGAAGUUGUCGGUCUCGCCCAGCAAGGUUCACUGAAAAGUCAGCAUCGGGUUGAUCAUAGAUUUGUCAAGAAGAUCCCCGGCGGACUACGGAUGUGCGUCCCCAGCGCCUGGAUUUCAGCAUACUACAGUCUCUGCAUGCGUUGUUAUCUCAGGAAGGGCCAGAGGGUGCUCAUUCUCUGUGGUGCCAGCAUCUACGGGCAAGCUGCUCUUCAGAUCGCGCAGCUCAAAGGGGCUGAGGUAUUCUCUACCAUUUCUGGGCCGAACUCGAAUGCGCAGUGGCAACUGCUAGGGGACGCUUUCGGCCUUGAUGACCGUCAUGUAGAGAAUUGUGACGAUCCAGACUGGCAUACCAAGCUUCUUUCAAAGUCGGGAGGCCAGUGGAUGGACAUUGUGUACGCUCCCACUUUGGAUUGCCUUGAUGGGACGGAUCGUGUGGUGAAGACGACUGGCACCCUUAUUUACAUGGAGAACCACUCAGACGCCCGUCCUUGUGCUGCCUUCUCUCGUCUCUCCAUGCUGCGUCUGGACCUGGCGGCCUUGUUAGCGGAAGAUCCUGAUCUCAUUGCCGAGAUUUUCAACCGCGUCGAAGACAUGCACCUUAAGAAAAGGCAUGCUAUUAAACCGAGCCAGCUCGUCGAUACCUUCUGUUUGUCUGGGCUGUCUGACGCCUUCCGAUGUCUCCAAACCCCUGCCAGCGCCGUGUUCGUGACCGCCGGCCCGGACACAACGGUCGCUUUGCCCCGUAGGAGGCAGCUAAAGCCGCUCCGAGAUAGCAUCGACAGUGGGACCUAUGUUCUGGCAGGAGGUCUUGGUGGCCUGGGGCGAAGUAUCGCCCAGCUGCUUGUGGACAACGGUGCUCGCAAUCUUGUUUUCCUAUCUCGGUCGGCGACCAAAUCGGAUGACGCCAAUACUUUCCUGACUUCUCUUGAGAAGCAGGGCGUCACGGCGAAGCACUUUCCGGUAGACAUUUCUGACACAGCGGCACUUCGGGGGGUAUAUGAGAAGGAUAUCCUACUGGAUAUGCCGCCCGUCUCCGGCGUGGUCCAGUGUGCCGCGGUUCUUCAGGAUGCGCUCUUCGACAACAUGCAGUACGAGUCCUGGCAAAAGGUCGUGGCGCCCAAGGGAGAGGGCACCCGCAAUCUUGUAAACACGUUCGGCCGAAACCGCAGCAACAGUGACAACAACUCCGACUCCGGCUCCGACUCCGGCCCCUUUUUCAUCUUCCUUUCCAGCUCCGCCGGCAUUAUCGGCAAUCGCGGCCAGGCCAACUACUCGGCCGGCAACGUGUUCAUGGACUCCCUAGCCCGAAGCGGCACCAUUGCGGGCCGGGCCAUUUCCCUCGACAUCGGCCCCGUGCUGGAGGCCGGAAUGGUAGCCGACGACGACGCGACCAUGCAAAAGCUACGCGACAGCGGCUUCUACGGAAUCCGCCACCAGGACUUUCUGAAAAUCAUCGAGCGCGCCAUCGCGGGGGAAAUCUACGACGGCGUGCCCCUGCCCGCUCAGGUCGUGCUGGGGAUCGGUACGGGGGGGCUCAUCCGCCAAAACCGCCCCGCGGACCCUUACUGGUCUCGGACUGCGGCCUACGCUUACCUUAACCUGGUGGAUAUGCCUCCGCCCGACCUCACCGUCGUCGGAUCCGAUGCUUCGACCGCCGGGACCGGGGCCGCGACGUUGAAGGCGCGGUUGGCGUCGUGUUCGUCCCCGGCCGAGGCCUCCGAUCUCAUCUGCCAGGCGCUGAAACGAGAGCUGGCGGCAAGGCUGUCGACCGUCAAGGCGGAGGAUAUCUACGAGGGCAGCUGUCCCAAGGAGUACGGGAUCGACUCCCUCAUGGCGGUUCGCAUCCGCGUGUGGGCGCUGGACGAGGUCGGCGCCAGUAUUUCGGUCUUUAAUAUUUUGGGCGAUAAUACGAUUCUCGAGCUUGCUAGUCGGAUGGCGGACCAGGUUCUAGCGGAAUGAGGGUAACGGGCGGAAAGGCGGAUACGUUGUGUUUUUUUCGUGUUGGUGUAAGGUACAAGAAAAAAAAAAGAAAAAAAAAGAACACUCGGAAGAAGAAGGGGGACGGAAAAAAAAAAGACAGGCCGUGGAUAUGGGCUUUUGUGUACAUAUAUAUGCCCGAGAUGUCGGUGUUGCCCAUCUGGCAAGACUGCAAACCAAAGCCAAAUCUUGCCGGGCAUGGCUGGAUAACCAACCGUAUUUUGAUAAUUAUUUUGAUAAAAUCGGUCAUGAUUCCU